AUGGAUCAGAAAAAUUGUACUCAGGUGACAGAGUUUGUACUCGUGGGUCUCACGGAUCGUCAGGUGUUGAAGAUGCCCCUCUUUGUGGUAUUCUUAUCCAUCUACCUUUUCACAGUGGUGGGCAACCUGGGCUUGAUCCUAGUCAUUAGAACAGAUGCAAGACUCAAUACACCGAUGUAUUUCUUCCUUAGCAACCUGGCUUUUGUUGAUUUCUGUUAUUCUUCUGUAAUUACCCCCAAAAUGCUUGGAAAUUUCUUAUACAAGCAAAAUAUUAUAUCCUUCAACGCAUGUGCUGCUCAACUAGGCUGCUUUCUGGCCUUCAUGACAGCUGAGUGCUUGCUCCUGGCUUCCAUGGCCUAUGAUAGAUACGUGGCUAUAUGCAACCCUCUCCUCUAUAUGGUUGUAAUGUCUCCAGCAAUCUGCAUUCAGCUUGUAGCUGCCCCCUAUACCUAUAGCUUCCUGGUCGCACUAUUUCAUGCCAUGCUAACCUUCCACCUCUGCUACUGCCAGUCCAACGUUGUCAAUCAUUUCUACUGUGAUGACAUGCCCCUCCUGAGGCUAACUUGCUCAGACACUCACUCCAAACAGCUCUGGAUCUUUGCCUGUGCUGGUAUCAUGUUCAUUUCCUCCCUUCUGAUUGUCUUUGUCUCCUACGUGUUCAUUAUUUCUGCCAUCUUGAAGAUGCGCUCGGCUGAGGGCAGGCGCAAGGCCUUCUCCACAUGUGGCUCCCACAUGCUGGCGGUCACCAUAUUCUACGGAACCUUGAUCUUCAUGUACUUACAGCCCAGCUCUAACCAUUCUCUUGACACGGAUAAGAUGGCCUCUGUCUUCUACACAGUGAUCAUCCCCAUGUUAAACCCCUUGAUCUACAGUCUCCGGAACAAGGAAGUGAAAGAAGCUGUGAAGAAAGUGGUCCUCCAUAGAAACUGGGCUUUUAUGUUCAUUAAAUUAAGAAAAUGA